GACAGGCGGCCACGCAGCAGACGGCCGAGUGGAGCUCGCUGCCCUCCCGCGGUGACCAGGGCCUAGCCAGAGCGCAGCCGGUGUAGCCGCCCGCCCAGCCAUCGGACACCAUGUGCGACGAAGACGAGACGACCGCCCUCGUGUGCGACAACGGCUCCGGCCUGGUGAAAGCGGGCUUCGCCGGCGACGACGCGCCCCGGGCGGUGUUCCCGUCCAUCGUGGGCCGCCCCCGGCACCAGGGCGUCAUGGUGGGCAUGGGGCAGAAGGACUCGUACGUGGGCGACGAGGCCCAGAGCAAGAGGGGCAUCCUGACCCUGAAGUACCCCAUCGAGCACGGCAUCAUCACCAACUGGGACGACAUGGAGAAGAUCUGGCACCACACCUUCUACAACGAGCUGCGCGUGGCCCCCGAGGAGCACCCCACCCUGCUCACCGAGGCCCCCCUGAACCCCAAGGCCAACCGCGAGAAGAUGACCCAGAUCAUGUUUGAGACCUUCAACGUGCCCGCCAUGUACGUGGCCAUCCAGGCGGUGCUGUCUCUCUACGCCUCCGGCCGUACCACGGGCAUCGUGCUGGACUCCGGCGACGGCGUCACCCACAACGUGCCCAUCUACGAGGGCUACGCGCUGCCGCACGCCAUCAUGCGCCUGGACCUGGCCGGCCGCGACCUCACCGACUACCUGAUGAAGAUCCUCACCGAGCGUGGCUACUCCUUCGUGACCACCGCCGAGCGCGAGAUCGUGCGCGACAUCAAGGAGAAGCUGUGCUACGUGGCCCUGGACUUCGAGAAUGAGAUGGCCACCGCCGCCUCCUCCUCCUCCCUGGAGAAGAGCUACGAGCUGCCCGAUGGGCAGGUCAUCACCAUCGGCAACGAGCGCUUCCGCUGCCCGGAGACGCUCUUCCAGCCCUCCUUCAUCGGCAUGGAAUCGGCGGGGAUCCACGAGACCACCUACAACAGCAUCAUGAAGUGCGACAUUGACAUCCGCAAGGACCUGUACGCCAACAACGUCAUGUCCGGGGGCACCACCAUGUACCCCGGGAUCGCUGACCGCAUGCAGAAGGAGAUCACGGCGCUGGCCCCGAGCACCAUGAAGAUUAAGAUCAUCGCCCCCCCGGAGCGCAAGUACUCCGUGUGGAUCGGCGGCUCCAUCCUGGCCUCGCUGUCCACGUUCCAGCAGAUGUGGAUCACCAAGCAGGAGUACGACGAGGCGGGGCCCUCCAUCGUGCACCGCAAAUGCUUCUAGGCAGCGCAGGCUGGGGAACGGCCCGCCCGCGCCGGCUCCCGCGCGCCAUCUCCAUCGUACCUGACGUUCGUGUCGUGUACACACCUUAACUGUUUUACCUCAUUUUGUUAUUUUUAAAUCGAAGCCCUGUGGAAGGAAAUGGAAAUCUUGAAGCAUUAAAGCCAACCUUUCUGAUUGCUGCGGAA